GACAGAAAGCCUAGUGUGUGUUUCCUUCCUCUUCCACUCAUGCUUUGUUUCUUUGAUGAAGUUUCAUGUUGCGAGCUUAACUCCUAGCUGCAUCACUCCACAAUUUGUGCGUUCUCUCUGAAGUUCAUUCUUUUACUUAAGGUUAAUUGAACCAUGUUGAGAUAGAAUUAUCGUCCGUGGAUCCCGUCUCCAGGAUAUCUGCCUGUUAUCAUACUGACUAAUCUGUGUGAAUCGUUUCAGCUACGAUUUGUGAAGCUUUAAAGGAGGUAACUAACCAUUAUCAAAGAGUCAGACAACCUUUCCCAGGAUGCUUUUGAAAAUUUUGAUCUGGCCUUUCCUUUUGAAUCUUGCACUCUCAACUAUAAGUGAUUUUACUUAUAAUGGAUUCAAGGGUGCUAACCUCAGCCUUGAUGGUAUGGCAACAUUGAAUUCUGAUGGUCUGCUGAGACUGACCAAUAUCAGCAAGCAUGAGCAAGGCCAUGCCUUCUCCACCAUUCCACUUCAGUUCAAAAGAUCUCCAAUGGGUACUGUCAUCUCUUUCUCUACGGUCUUUGUCUUCUCCAUUGUCCCUGAGUACCCCAUGUUCGGCGGCCACGGGUUUGCUUUUGUUCUAUCUCCUUCCAUGCAUUUGUUCCAAACUUUGCCGAUUUAUUACCUUGGCCUAUUCAAUUCAAGCAACAAUGGAAAUUCAUCCAAUCACAUCUUUGCUGUUGAGUUUGACACCAUUAAAGACCUUGAAAUGGCUGACAUUGAUGACAACCACGUAGGCAUUGACAUCAAUAGCGUGAUAUCCAACAAGUCAGCCUCUGCUGGUUUUACUUCUGAUGAUGAUGGCCAGUUUAAGAAGGUAAAACUUUUGAGUGAUGAGCCAAUACAAGUUUGGAUAGAAUAUGAUGGUCUAAAUAUGCAGCUUAACGUCACACUGUCUUCUCUCGGGAAGCCAAAACCAAAGAUUCCUCUCUUAUCAUCUACUAUAAAUCUUUCGAGCAUAAUUUUGGACCAUAUGUAUGUGGGAUUCUCUGCAUCAACAGGAAUGGCAUAUUCGUACCAUUACAUUCUUGGUUGGAGCUUUAUGAUGAAUGGAAAAGUUCCUGAGCUUGAUAUCUCUAGCCUCCCCCGGCUCCCUCGAGCAAUGACAUCAUCUAAGGAUAAAACAGGGACUAUAUUAAUGUGGCUUCUUUUAUCUCUUUCGGUGCUUGUGCUGAUGGCUGCUGCUGGUGCAAGGAUGAUAAUGGUGAGAAAGAACAGAUUCUCUGAGCUUCGUGAGGACUGGGAACUAGAUUUCGAGCUUCAUAGAUUCUCUUAUAAACAACUGUACAACGCAACAGGAGGUUUCAAGGAUGAGUUUCUUCUGGGCGUUGGAGGGUUUGGCAGGGUCUACAGAGGAGUUCUGCCAGGCACUGAAGUUGAAGUUGCAAUCAAGAGAGUGUGCCAUGAAUCAAGACAAGGAGUGGGGGAGUUUGUAGCUGAGAUUGUUAGUCUUGGUCAACUUCAACACCGGAAUCUGGUGCCACUACUGGGCUACUGCAGAAGUGAAGGUGAACUCAUCUUGGUGUAUGAGUACAUGCCAAACAGGAGCCUUGACAAAUAUCUAUUCAGUGAAGGCGAAUCAACUCUUGGUUGGAGUCAGAGAUUUUGGAUAAUCAAAGGUGUGGCCUCUGGUCUGCUGUAUUUGCAUGAAGACUGUGAGCGGGUUGUAAUUCACAGAGAUGUCAAGGCAAGCAAUGUGUUGCUAGAUGGUGAUAUGAACGGAAGGCUUGGUGACUUUGGGUUAGCUAGAUUAUAUGAUCACGGUGGUGUUCCUCUAACCACUCAUCUUGCGGGAACAGUUGGUUAUCUCGCCCCAGAGCUGUCUCGAACUUACAGGGUCACAACUAAUAGUGAUGUGUUUGCAUUUGGUGUUUUCCUUCUAGAGGUUGCUUGUGGAAGGAGGCCGAUAGAGCCAGAGAAAGCAGAAGACCUGCAGGUUUUGAUAGAUUGGGUGUUGGCAAAUUGGAGAAAGGGAACAAUUAAGGAAACGAGGGAUGAAAGACUGGGAGAGGAGUAUGUGGCAGAGGAGUUAGAGUUGGUGCUAAAACUUGGAUUACUCUGUUCACAUCCUUUGCCUACAGCCAGGCCGAGCAUGAGGCGAGUAAUACAGCUCCUGCAUGGUGACAUCCUUCUUCCUGAUCCUCUGCUUAAUUAAUUAUAUACCAAAGAUUCAGCAUUUGUCAAGUAUGAGGGAUCUAACGCAUAUGUCAUGUCAUGUACCAACAUGUCAAGUGAAUCAUUGCA